CGCAGUCGCUCUGGUGCGCAAUAAAAGCGGUGCGCAGACGCGCGUCCGUCUCUCCAGCAGCAGCGCGGCUCUGCACCAGCACAGCAGGCUUUGUAGUGUCAUCGGCAAGCUCAAUAUAACCCACCAUGGGAAAGGAGAAGCUCCACAUCAACAUUGUGGUCAUUGGCCAUGUCGACUCUGGCAAGUCCACCACGACUGGCCACCUCAUCUACAAGUGUGGUGGGAUCGACAAGAGAACCAUUGAGAAGUUUGAGAAAGAGGCUGCUGAGAUGGGCAAGGGGUCUUUUAAGUAUGCCUGGGUGUUGGAUAAGCUGAAGGCAGAGCGAGAACGUGGUAUCACUAUUGACAUCUCCCUCUGGAAAUUUGAGACCAGCAAGUACUACGUCACUAUCAUUGAUGCUCCUGGUCACAGGGACUUCAUCAAGAACAUGAUUACUGGCACCUCCCAGGCAGACUGUGCUGUACUGAUUGUGGCAGCUGGUGUUGGCGAGUUUGAAGCUGGUAUCUCAAAGAACGGCCAAACCAGAGAGCACGCUCUUCUAGCCUACACACUGGGCGUCAAGCAGCUCAUUGUAGGCAUCAACAAGAUGGACUCCACAGAGCCCAACUACAGCCAGAAGCGCUAUGAGGAAAUUGUGAAGGAAGUCAGCACCUACAUCAAGAAGAUUGGCUACAACCCAGAAACUGUGGCAUUUGUUCCAAUUUCAGGCUGGAAUGGUGAUAACAUGUUGGAGGCCAGCCCCAAUAUGACCUGGUUCAAAGGUUGGAAGAUUACUCGUAAGGAGGGGAGUGUAUCUGGAACUACUCUCCUGGAAGCUCUGGAUGCCAUUCAGCCCCCGACCCGUCCCACUGACAAGCCACUCCGCUUGCCCCUGCAGGAUGUCUACAAGAUUGGAGGUAUUGGAACUGUCCCUGUGGGCCGUGUGGAGACUGGCAUUCUGAAGCCUGGCAUGGUGGUGACCUUUGCCCCUGUUAAUGUGACCACCGAAGUUAAGUCUGUAGAGAUGCAUCAUGAAGCUCUGUCUGAGGCCUUGCCUGGAGACAAUGUGGGCUUCAAUGUCAAAAACGUUUCAGUGAAAGACAUUCGUCGUGGAAACGUUGCUGGGGACAGCAAGAAUGACCCACCCCAAGAGGCAGCUACCUUCACUGCUCAAGUGAUCAUCCUGAACCACCCAGGGCAGAUCAGUGCUGGUUAUGCCCCAGUGCUAGAUUGCCAUACUGCACAUAUUGCCUGCAAGUUUGCUGAGCUGAAGGAGAAGAUUGACCGUCGUUCUGGGAAGAAACUAGAGGAUAAUCCCAAGAACCUGAAGUCUGGAGAUGCUGCUAUUGUCGACAUGGUCCCUGGAAAGCCUAUGUGUGUGGAAAGCUUCUCUGAGUAUCCUCCUCUUGGGCGCUUUGCUGUGCGUGACAUGCGUCAGACUGUGGCCGUUGGUGUGAUCAAGGGAGUUGAGAAGAAGGCUCCGACCGGUGGCAAGGUCACCAAGUCUGCUCAGAAAGCUCAGAAGGCCAAAUGAAUAUUGUGUUUGACUGCCAACUCCAGAGUCACAUAUGGCAGAACAGAGGUCACCCAGCUCCAUCCCAUUGGCUGCUUAAACUCCAUUGUCAGAGACUGGUUAAUUGUUCCAAUGCAUCGUAAAAGUAUCAGAAGGAAUUAACAAAGCAGUACUCAAGACAACUUGUUUGAGUUUUAAAUCCAUACUAUGAAACUUGUUUGUAAUAUUAGCUUGUUACUAUUCAGAAUGUGAUUUUUUCACUCGGGUUAUGACCAUUAACACCAUGUGUGAUAUUAAGAAUUAUUGAGAGGAAAAGUUACCCUGCCCUCUCCAACUCUGGAGUGCAGUUUUUAGUCUGGUUCUCACACUGUUGUCUUGCUUUUAGUGUUUGUUCGCAGUUCACUGUGUUUAGAAGUUCCGCUGCUGUUAAUAACUUAAAUGACUUUAUGUUGUAGUCUUUUAGACUACUUUAGCUUUAAAGAAACUAAGCGGAAAAUAAGAAUUAAUCUUUCCAAUCGUCCAUAUCGGGCGCAUGCAAAUCUUUGGAGCACUGACUGAACCUCCAAGCACUUUGAUUGGCGUAAAGCUGGUCCUGCACAGGCACUUGUUUUUAAUUGGCUUUAGCUUCUGCACCUUACUGUUCAAAGUAUUAAAAUAUUUCAUGUCAUAUUAAAGAUGUUCUAACCGUAA